AAAGGGGCGUGUGUGUUUUGGGAGAAGGGGGACUUACAGACGCGAGGAGGAGUUCUCAAACUUUUUCAAAGAGUGUGGGACACAUUGUCCUGCACGGCCACAGCUCCCAACGUGCACGCACACAUCACACACAUGAACUAGUUUGUGAGCUGUGUGUGUUAUUAACCCCCACUGCUGGGGGUUAUGGUGGAGAAGAGAAGAGAAGAGAAGAGAAGAGAAGAGAAGAGAAGAGAAGAGAAGAGAAGAGAAGAGAAGAGAAGAGAAGAGAAGAGAAGAGAAGAGAAGAGAAGAGAAGAGAAGAGAGGAUUCAGUCUCUGAAGACCACAAUGGGUUAGAAAAAGCAGCAGGUAAACAGAACUUCAAGCUGAAGUGAUGGACUGAGGCGAGAGCCAGCAGCAGAUGGAUAUGUGUGGAGAGCGGCCGACCCCGGGACUGCUCCUGCGUCUGGGCAUCCUGCUCACCGCCGUGUGUGUUUUCAUUCAUCUUUACCUGGACUCGGGUUGGCGGGGAGCGCCCACGCCUCAGGGUUUGGGAACUCCUCCCCAACGCUAUCGGAAGCCGGGACAACACGGCAGGAUGAAGCAGGCCUCCGCAGACUCUGAGGAGCGAGACAGGAGCGUCAAGGGGAGAGUCGCUUACGUUCGCACGCUGAAGAAGGAGAGUCCAGCUAAGAAGGGCAGUGAAGACAGAGAAGACCCCUCCCCACACCACCCGCACAGAAAGGUUCCACGGUGGCGUAUAGACCUGGAGCCCUGGGCCAGUGAAAGCCAUUCCCUGGAGGAUGAAGCAAAAAGAUUUCUCAACUACAUUACAACUCCUCAAGUGUCGUGCUCAUCAUUUAUUGGCACGGACGCUGUCCAGAGAGGGUCUGCUGGGGACUGGGCGUUGUGCCUGGACCCCAUGUACAGCCUGGUCCACAGGAUGCAGAGCAAACACUGCAGGGUUUACUCGUUUGGGUUGGGAGUUUACGACAGGUCGCUGGAGGCGUCUCUGGCCACGUCGGGCUGCGAGGUCCACUGCUUCGAUCCCAGCCUGAAGCAGCCUCACCUGCAGCAGGCCCACAUGUGGCUCCACCGCCUCUCCGUAGACUGGAGGGAUCCCAACCCGGCCGCCGUCGCCCAGCACCAGUACACCACCACCAGGAAGCUCGCCACCAUCCUCAACAAUUUCGGACACAGAGAGGUGGAUGUGCUCAAAGCAGACAUGGAGAGCGCCGAGUGGAAGAUUUUGGAGAACCUGAUCCUGGAGGACGUGCUGGAGUCGGUGGGCCAGCUGCUGGUGGAGCUCCACCUGCACUGGGCGGGCUUCGAGGUGAGCGGGGACGACCCGGCCGUGGUGCGCUACUGGUUCAGCCUGCUCAGGGAGCUGGAGCGGGCCGGCUUCCUGCUCUUCCACGUGCACAGCGACCCCAAGAAGCCUCGAGUCUUCCUACACAAGAGCAUCCUCAACGCCAGCAGCGCUUACACCCUGAGCUGGGUGAACACACGCUGGAGGACAGACAGGAAUUAGAAAUGAAUAGAAAUGUGAUGAAGGGACGCUGCUUUUUUUUCCCAGAUCUGACCUCCCUGGCUUCUAUUUAUCCGCCUGCUCUUCCUCUUCUCGCCUCUGAUGACCUUCGCCAUAUAGAGGGGCAGAUAAUUGGACGCGGUGUGUUGUGCGUUCUGCCUCCAACAGGCUGCAGGUCAGCCUCUGACUCAGCCGCGAUCAUCAAGGUCCCGUCUGAGUCUGGGCCGCACGGCGGCGCGGGAAUCAAAGGAAAAGAUGAGAACUCGGCCUCGCUGACGAGCAGGCGAAUAUUCAAAGGACGCGAGCUCCUUACACGGAGAAAACAAAGCCGAGGAGCGUGAGUAAAUAAAGGUAACGCGAUGCAGAGGCAGAUAAGGAGGACGCUUCCCCGCAGCCGAACCCUGAUGAUUAUCAAGAACACGGACCGUGACAAUCACAUAAAGGACGCCUCUGCAGUGUUUUCUGGGUAUUCCAUCAGGAAUGUGUAGGCGAGCAGGGGAGAGAGAGAGAGAAAGACAAAAGCAGACUUUAACCCCCCCCUCCUCUUUUUCCAGUUAUAAUAGAAACUAUUCAUACUCACAACAGAAUGGUUUUGACAAAACUGUCAGUUCUUUUCUGCGAGUGUUUACUUCCAGUGUUCGACUGCAUUAGUGUGAUAUUGGUGCUGCAGCAGCGUCAAACGACGAGGCUCCUCAGAGACUGCAACUCUUUCAAUCUGUGUCCUUUCACCUUUUCACAUCAUGAAAAUUGUAAAAAUCAUUUCAUCACGACAAAAACAACAUCAGGGAUUUCUUGCUCGUUUGUAUUAAAGUUUAACCUUUUUCAAAUAAAUACUUUGCCAAUGAAGUACGGCUUCAUUCUUCUGAAGGUGAGAUAUACAAAAAGGUUUAUUUGCACAAAGGAAAUAGUCAAACAAUUCAAAACACGACUGUCACUGAAGACAAUGAAGGUUUACUACACAGAACAUUUCAGGUUUAAAGUCUCUAAUCUUCACUUUUGCACAAAUAUCUGAUCAGAACACGUUUUGAGCUCCUCAUUGCAUGAUAUAAAAAUACUCGUCAACAAUAAGACUGGAUACCAGUCCUUCUCUUUUCCUCUAAAAAAAAAAAAAAAAAAAGCUCUUUAAGUUUUGU